AGAUCUGUGUGCCUUCGUAAUCAGUCAGAAUGUUAUCACGUAUUCAAUAAUGUUAAACUUUCUCAAUGUUCAGAUGCCGCCACGUAGGGAACCCGAUCAUCCGGCUCCUACUCAGGCCACCGUAGUCGCACAGUUCCGCGACUAUCACGCUGAAAAGUUCUCAGGGCAGGGAGAUCCCCGCAUUGUAGACGAAUGGAUUCAUGGCCUGGAGUUUAUCUUCGAG